AUGCAGCGUGAAAAGUCCUCACCUCAAGCGGCAGCAGAUGACACUCAGCGGGCAGCGGAGGCUUUAGGACACAUGGUAAUAAUCCGUCCGAAGGCUGGGGAGCUCUGGGAAUCUUCGCAGCUCUUGUCGGUGGCCGUGUGCGCUCGGUCCCGUGUGGCCGUGGAGACGCAGAGGAAGAAGAAGACUUUCCUACAGUUGUUAGUGUUUCCCAGGACAACUCAGAGGGAGGAGCGAACGGCAGGACGCAUGGCAGGACGCAGCUAUGGCUUCUGUGGAGAGCCCAGCGCGCGUCCGGGACUACUGCUAUGA